GCCGGACUAUGGCGCUGUGCGAGGCGGUGGGCUGCGGGAGCUCUCUGCUGUGGCCUCGCGUGUUGCUCUUCGGAGACUCCAUCACUCAGUUUUCUUUUCAGCUGCUGAUGGGGAGCGUCGCUGGCUGACAAGCUAGUCAGAAAAUGUGAUGUUCUGAAUCGUGGAUUUUCAGGUUACAAUACCAGAUGGGCCAAAAUUAUCCUUCCAAGAUUAAUCAGGAAAGGGAACAGUUUGGACAACCCAGUAGCAGUGACAAUUUUCUUUGGUGCCAAUGACAGUGCACUAAAAGAUGAGAAUCCCAAGCAACACGUUCCCCUGGACGAGUAUGUUGCGAAUUUGAAGAGUAUGGUGCAGUACCUGAAGUCUGUGGACGUCCCGGAGAACCGAGUCAUUCUUGUCACGCCGCCCCCGCUCUGCGAAACAGCCUGGGAAGCCGAGUGCAUCGUGCAAGGUUGCAAAUUAAAUCGCCUGAACUCAGUUGUUGGUGAAUAUGCCAGUGCGUGUUUACAAGUGGCCCAAGACUGUGGGACUGAUGUACUUGACCUGUGGACCCUGAUGCAGAAGGACAGCCAGGACUUCUCACCCUACUUAUCAGAUGGACUACAUUUGUCACCAAAGGGAAAUGAGUUUGUGUUCUCACAUCUCUGGCCUUUGAUAGAGAAGAAGGUCUCUUCUCUACCUUUGCUGCUUCCUUACUGGCGAGAUGUAGCAGAGGCAAAACCUGAAUUAAGUCUGCUGGGAGACGGAGACCAUUAGCCAAGCACGGGAAACCCAAGUCUGCCUGGCAACUCCCGGCACAUCAAAAGAAGAGUAUUUUAUCGCCUCAAGCUUAAUUAUACCUGUCCUCAUGCCUCUGGAUCAAAAAACACAUUUGUCACCAAUGUUAAUAAAAAUAUUUUUUUCAGGGAA